UAAUCCUCGAUCUACUGCAAUUCCAUUUCCAUCAAACAACAACUACAGCGAUGGCAUUGGCCUCUCCUCAGCCCUUCGUCUUCCUCCUUUCGCUUCUCCUCUUCUUCUCCUCCCUCUCCAUGAUCUGUACUACUAGUACUCCUACCACGCCGCCCACCCUCGUGCAGAAAACGUGCAAUGCCACCUCGUACUAUGACUUCUGCGUCAGCUCAUUCCAGUCCCAACCGGACAGUCCUAAGGCUGUCGACGUCAAGGGCCUCUCCUCCCUGGCUGUCACCAUCGCCAUCUCCAACGCCACCAACACCUCCACCUUCGCGGCCUCCCUAGCCGACGCCACCUCCACCAAGCCGCCUCUCCGCUCCGUCCUCCGCUCAUGCGCAACCAAAUACCGCGACGCCCGCCAGGCGCUGCAAUGGUCUCUCGACGCCCUCGCAGCCGACUCCUACGACUACGCCUUUGUCCACGUCAGCGCAGCCGCGGAGUACCCCAACGUCUGUCGAGUCCUGUUCCGGCAGACUCCUACGCGACUUGCCUACCCGCCGGAGAUGGCGCGCCGGGAGCAAGAUUUGGAGCACUUAUGCACUAUAGCUCUCGAAAUCAUUUCGCUUCUGGGAUGAUUAAUUACUUGUGACAUUGAUAUUGCUUAUGAAUUUUGACAAGGAUCCAUCGAUUUCUUUUUAUGAAUAGUCGUUUCUACCUAGUAACCUAGGGGUAGGGGACGUUGCCUAUGAUUGACCUUUUGCAUGAUAAAGUUGAAAUUUGUGCAUU